AUGAUUGAUGAUUUUUGCGACGAUUUUGUUCACAAUUGUAUGCAAUUGUUAAUUAAUUUAACAAAUACAAAUUUUCUUCCGACUCAUUUCGAACUGCUCAGGGCUUUCUUAAUUCCUGAAACCUCGUUCAAUAGUUUCUGUGAACAAAUUGAAGUAAAUCCUUGCCGCUCAAUUUUUAAUACACAAUUUGUAACUUUCAUUCUACAUAUUCUUUAUUCAAAUACUGGAACAACACAACAACCUCUUAUUGACUUUCUCAUAAAGGACUUCAAUUUACCUGCCUUUAUCUUGAAUGCUCUACCUGACUCAUUGUGGGGAGAUGAUUUUAGUUUAUCGAGCGACAAUAAUAUUUAUUCAAAUAAACUCUUCUCCAUUUCUAAGCGUAGUUUAUUCCUUUUUCUUGCCAAUCAAUCACCUGUUUACGAAAAAUGGCAUGAUUUUUGUACAAGUUCUGUCCAGUCAUUUAUUGACCAGAAUCGUUCAGAGAAAAUUAAUUCCAUAUCAGUCAGUGGCAGAACAAGCAAUUUUAUUGAAGUUGACGAGUUGCCCAAUGAUAAUGUUUUAACUCUUCCAAAUAUAAAUAUCGAUCCACAGAUUACUCAUUUAAUUGUGGAUGAAGAAGAAAGGAGGGGAGAGGCUUUAGGAGUUGACAGGCCGAGUCAGCCGUCUCCAACGAACAAAGAAAUUGAAAACAUAGGUAAGGAAAUUAAUUUUUGGGUAAUAAAUUGUUGA